AUGUACAACAUAAGGAAAAUUUGUCUGGUCCUGUACCAUCUUCAUGAUGAUGGUGGAAAAAUGAUAACCAGUGCAAAAGCCCAUUUUUGGUCGGAGGAAUUUCACAAAGUAGAUGAAGGAAAUUUGAUUGACAUGGAAGCUCGAAACCUCUCAAAAAGUUGCAAUAUUACAGAAUGUCAAGACUCAUGUUUGCUUCUCAAUUGGCCAGAUGCUUUUACCCUUCACGGCAAUAAUGUCUCCAAAGCUACAAAUCCAUUCUGGAAUGAACUGUCGGCUUCUAACCCAUUUUUGGACGACAUAACUCAGCUAAGAAAUAACAAGAAGAGUGAUAAUAUUUCCAUCUUGAAAGAAGAUCCUUUUCUUUUUUUUAGAGAAAUAGACACUGGAAAUUGUCUUGAUUCCUCUGGUGACGAACUUGAUGCCCAUCAAUUGCUUAGAAAGUCUACCUCAAGGAAAUCUAGAAAAUCUAAAAGUGUUUCAGACAUUUUGGACAUUUUACAUGAUACAGCAUAUGCCCAUCAGAGUACACUUAACUCUGACCAGAUUCUGGUGCAAGACUUAGAAUGGCUUCAGAAUGAUCGAGAGGCUUAUAAAAUGGCUUGGUUGUGUCAACGCCACCUGGCCCGCUCCUGCCUGGAUUUGAAUAUAACCAAUCAGAGUCCUGGAUGGGCCCAAACACAAGUUGCAGAGACUGUCAUUGUUUGUAAAUUAAAUCACCAAGGAGGGUCAGUACAAUUACCUGAAUCAGAUAUCACAGUUCAUGUGCCCCAAGGUCACGUAGCUGUAGGAGAAUUCCAAGAGCUAUCCCUAAGAGCUUUUCUUGAUCCUCCACAAACUCUUAACCAUGAUUUUUCCUGCACUGUAAGCCCACUGUUGGAAAUCAUGUUAGGCAACCUAAACACAAUGGAAGCCAUUUUGCUGGAGAUGAAAAUCGGGGCUGAAGUAAGAAAGGAUCCUUUCAGCCAAGUCAUGACAGAAAUGGUGUGUUUACACAGCCUGGAUAGAGGAGGGCCUUUCAAAGUGUUAAACAAGUGCUACAUUUAUAAAGACACCAUUCAAGUUAAACUAAUUGACUUGAGUCAGGUGAUGUAUUUUGUCGUUGCUGCACAAGCAAAAGCUAUUCAGUCACCAGCUGCCACCAUUUGCGAUUAUAUCCACAAACCCAUCUCCAUUGGAAUUUAUGGACCCAAAUAUAUCCAUCCCAGUUUCACUACUGUUUUCACAGUUUGUGGACACAGUUAUAUGCCAAAAAAGCUCACAAUUUCUAAUAUUAAAAGAGAUAGAAAAAACAUGUCUCCGGUUAUAUUUCAGCUCUGGGGGAAGCAUACAUUUUUACUUGACAAGCCACAAGUUUUAAGUAUUUCUGUUUGUUCCUGUGAUCCUAAUUUUGAAGUAAAGGCAGAAGAAAGGAAAGUAAUUAAACAGAAAGAGUUGCAGGCAGGUGAAGUAGUUCAUCGACAAUUUUUGUUUUCUUUGGUUGACCCCAGAGAAAUGCACUCGUUUGUUUUCCGUAUUCAGGUGGAACCUCCCAAUGGUAGACCAGUUACACAGUUUUCUAUCACUACACCUGAUCCAGCCCCAAACCUAAAAAGGCUCUCCAAACUCCCAGGCCAUUUGCAAGAGGAGACAGAACUCAAGCUGGCUCCUUUAUUACCAAAAGUAGUUGCUAAAUACCCCACAUUUCAAGAUAAAAAAUUGAACUUCACCAACUAUGGGGUAACCCUGAAGUCAGUGUUAAGACAAAACAAGAUUGACUACUUACUUCAAUAUUUCAAAGGGGACACAAUAGCUCUUCUUGGAGAAGGUAAGGUAAAAGCCAUUGGACAGUCCAAAGUGAAAGAAUGGUAUGUGGGAAUCCUCAGAGGUAAAGCUGGACUCGUGCACUGUAAAAAUGUCAAAGUGAUUUCAAAGGAACAAGUAAUGUCUUUGUCAGAUAGUGUAUUCACAACGGGGAAUCUUCUCGAACAAAUAGCUCUGCCCUUUAAAAAACUGACUUAUAUCUACUCAGUUGUAUUGACCUUGGUGUCAGAAAAAGUUUAUGACUGGAAAGUUUUAGCUGAUGUCCUAGGUUACUCACAUUUCACGCUGGAAGAUUUUGAUGGAAUGCAAGCAGAGAAAGAAUCAGAAAAAGUUUCUCACGUUGUAAAGAAGUUAAAGGAAGAUUGUCAUUCAGAUAGAAAUAUGAGGAAGUUUCUUUACGAGCUUAUUGUGGCUCUGCUGAAGAUGGAUUGCCAAGGGUUAGUAACACAUCUCAUCCAAGAGGCUGCUAUUCUAACUUCUGCUGUCAAGCUUGGGAAAGACUGGAGGGAACUAGCUGAAAAGUUAGUAAGACUAACAAAGCAACAAAUGGAGGCAUAUGAAAUUCCUCACCGAGAGAAAUCUGGAGACGUUGCUGUUGACAUGAUGUGGAAACCUGCUUAUGAUUUUCUGUAUACUUGGGGCGCUCAGUACGGAAAUAGCCACAGAGACAUGUUACAAGACCUUCAAUCAGCUUUGGACAGAAUGAAAAAUCCUGUGACCAAGCAGUGGCGAGAUUUAACUGGAGCUUUAAUACUAGUAAAUUCUUUAGAGAUUUUGAGAGCAACUGCAUUCUCUACUUCUGAGGAAGUAUAGAAAUGAAGGGUAUAUUUUAUGAGGGAGGG